GCGGGAAAAAUUCGUCUGCUAGAUAAUUAUAUUUUUUCGAUUUUUUUUUCCACUCCGCUCCUGAAGUUUAAAAUUGUUUAAAAACAUUUAAUGGACAUUGUAAAAUUAAUUUUCGCCAACAAAAAUUUAUAUAAGAGACAUUUAAUAAGAGCUUGUAAUAAUUAUGUGGACAUAGAUCAGCAAACAGUUAAGUUUGAAACAAGUAUUUAAUUUAUAAACCUGUGAUCAUUCUGUCAUUAAAAGUCUGAGGGGGAAAAAAAAACCAAUAAUAUUAAGACAUUUUAGUUUUAUAUACGAUUAAAAGAGGAAGAAUUUAAAUUAAGAUGUCUCUACAAUUUUUGGUUGCAUUUGAUUUUGAUCACACAAUUUGUGAUGACAAUUCAGAUAUCGUUGCUCGAAAAUUAAUAUCAAGUGAUAAAAUUCCUGAUACUGUGAAACGAAUGUAUCAACCUGAUAAUUGGAAUGCUUAUAUGGGAACAAUUUUUCAAUUACUUAAUGCAAAUUUCAUUGAUGUGAAAACAAUUAAAGAUGCCAUAAAUCGAAUACCAUCAGUAAAUGGAAUUGAUGAUCUUCUAAGUGAAUUACAUUCGCGUAAUUGUGAAAUAAUUAUAAUUAGCGAUUCAAAUUCAUUAUUUAUAGAUUGGUGGUUAAAACACAAAGGUCUGAGUCACACAGUUAAAGAAAUUUUCACUAAUCCAGCAACAAUAAAAGAAGAUAUGCUUAAAAUAGAAAUGUAUCAUGAACAAGAUCAUUGUAAAUUAAGUAGCAAAAAUUUAUGUAAAGGACAAAUAUUAGAUGAUUAUAUUUCAAAAAGAUCAUUGGAGGGAAUUAAUUUUAAACGAAUUAUUUAUGUUGGCGAUGGAAAAAAUGAUUUUUGUCCAAUAUUAAGACUUUCUGAAAAUGAUGUAGCUUGCCCAAGAAUUGGCUAUACAUUGGUGAAUAUAUUAAAAAAAACAAAUGAAGAUAAAUCACAACAAGUGAAGGCUAAAGUUAUUCCUUGGGAAACUGGAAAUGAUAUUUUAGAGAAUUUGAAGAAUUUAAAUAAUAUUGAAAAUAAUUGAGAAGGAAAGGAAAUUAUUAUCAUAUAAUCCUUAUUUUACGAUUUAUUCUACGGUGAUGAUUUUUUAAUAAACGAAUUUGUGAAUUUUUAUUACAGCAAUAAAUUUUCUAAAUGAUUUAAA